AUGCGGACUGUCGAGGGCGAGCGAGGGGCGCGGCUCGUGAGCGCGGGGUGUAGGCGGCGACAGCGCGCCGUAUACCGAGCGGUUCCCCGAACGUUAGGUAUUUUUGGCAACGCGGGCGCCGGGGCUCCGCUAGCGGCUGGACGGUUCCCCAAAAGCUGUAAAGUAAAAACACGGUGGCCACUAAAUCACGUCGCAAAAAAGACACAAGUUGACGACAAAAUCAAAAAGAAACUUGGACCUAACUCUAAUAAGAGAAAAUCUAUAGCAUCAGACAAAGAGGACACUGCGUCUUCCGAAAACCCCAACAAAAACGCUCUUGACACAGAUUUGGUAAAACAAGACAAUAACAAUAAAGUUCAACUUAAAAUAGAACAAAACAAGACCUUAGUUGCCAAGUCCCAAACAAAUGACCCAAUCUACCAAACUAAUAGAAGUUCUGUAGAAAACGUUGUUUGUAUAACAGAACCACAAAAUAAAUUAGGACGGUAUGACUCUACGCAUUUUUCGCUUAAAGAAAAUAUGAUAAAAGAGGAACAGAAAGUAAAGCAUAGCAUUCAGGAUCCAGAAAAACACAACAAUCUAGAGGAGUCUGCAAGAAAGUUAGAUUUAGGAGAAAAUGAAGCAAAUAUUCUGAAACAUGUAAAACUGAAUGAAGAAUGCACCAUAAAAAUCCUAACCAACAAGAAACCAGCUGACAUAAUCUUAUUGAAAAGAAAGUGGCAGACUACGAAGAACCAGAGUAACUUGUCAAAUAAUGAAGAUAUGAUAAAGAGUUAUAACGAAGAGAGCUUAGUAAAAGAACGUAUUACUAUACUUAAGAAUAUCUCCUUGAAUAAGGAAUGUACCAUAGAAAUCAUACCCAAAAAGAAAAUACCUGACAUAGAUAUUUCAAAAAACAAAUCUCAGAUGCCUGAGAACACCACGCAGGUUAAUGACAACCUUAGUGAGUUGUCACAGACCAAAGAUCACGCGGCAGAGACUAAUGCUAUGAAGUGUAAGGAAUAUACAUUGAACGAAGAAAAUACGACUACAGUAAACAAUAUCUUAUCGAAUGAAAAAAGUACUAUAGAAACUACACCCACAACGAAACCAGCCGAUAUAAUUUUAUCCAAAGGCAAGUCACUGGUUAAAAAGAACCCAAGUGGGGUAUUAAAGAACAAAGAUUGGUCUAAAGACAAGCAUUCUAUCCCUAUGAACAGUGAUAGUAAAGCGGAUGGGUUGAAACAAGAUAUUGAAGUGAACAAUUUCUCACCGAAUGAAGAAUGUGUUACAAAGACCAACGAGAAACCAUGUAAAAUAAACAUCUCGAAAAACAAGUUGCCAGUUAAAAACAAUCUGAAUGUGGUAAAGCACAAAAAUAGACCUGAACUUAAAUUCAAGAACAAGCAUUCUAUUUGUAUGGGCAGUGAAAAUACUGAUGAUGUAGUAAAUGAAGAUAGUCAUAUAGUGAACAAUAUACAAAUAGAUGAAAAUUGUGAUUUAGAGACACACAAGAAAAUACCGUUUCAUGUAAACGUAUCAAAAAAUGUGGGGCAGGUGAUGAAGAAUCCAAGUCCGUUGCCAAAGAUCAAAGACCAUCACAAAGAUUCUGAAGCUACUAUAAAGAAGCUAGAGACAAAUCCUUUAAUUUCCACCCGCAAGGUGCUCCCAGGUGAAAAGGAGAUGAACUUAUACUGUUCUAUAGAUUUUGACAAUGUGAAGGGAGUCACUCCUCAAGGUUGGGAAAAGUGCAAUUCUAUGAUUCAGUUUGAUGAAGAGACUAAAAAGAUUUGGAAUGAGCUCCAGCGACCGUACGGCAAUAGGUCCUCAUUCUUACGUCACCUUGUCCUCUUAGAAAAGUAUUUUAGACGUGGCGACCUAAUAUUAUCACAACGCAAAUAAAUGAUUCUUCAUUGAGGAGACAGCAGUGUAUACGACGACGG